AUGGCAGGCAAGCCGGACGAAUGGCCUGCAGAAUUUCCCAGCGAAUUACGGCACCUGAUCGCGACGAACAGGGCUGCUGAAGACGUCCUCGCCAACAGACAUGCCCUCAUCGAUGUUGACAGGAGGCGUCAGAGCAUGCGAGCAGCGUCCCGAGCGAUUGAUAACAACCCUGAUCAAAGGGUCACUUUGCUCACUGGGGCUGUCAUGCUGAAUUUGCCAAAGACGGACGUCCAGAAUAUUUUAAAAAAAGAUCUCCAAGAACUUGAUAUUGAGAGUAAUCGUAUCCGGAGUGAACUUAAGGAGAAAGUCAAUUUGGUUCAGGAACUGGAGUUCAAGGAUCCUCUGAAGGGCUAUGACCUGAAACCUUUGUCGAGAACUGAAAUGUCUGCUGUCGGACAAGCCUUUGGCAGAUCGGCAAGGAACGAGUAA